UAAUAAAUACGGGGUUCUAACGGACAUUCAAGAUGGCUGAACACACAUCAAAAUCGUUUAAAGAAGGUGAGUUAAGCAGUACAGAUCAAGAAGGAUAUUCAUCAGAAUCAAGGAGAAAACGGAUGAGACGGUCAUCGUUUUCUAGUCCCCCGAGGUCCCAUUUACCACAAAGGGUAUCUUCUUGGAAACGGCACCAUGCUUCAAGGAUUGGAAUUCAUUUUGCCAAGCAAUAUGUGCAGGGACUAGACGGGUUGAAGCCACACAUUUCUAAAACUUUGAAUAAUCUCACGAAGGAGCAAACUGAAUAUGUGAAUAUUGUUAUGGAAUAUCUAACUUUCAAUUUUGUUUUAAAAGAUUUUGUUGGGUUUCCUCAAGAGAUAGUCCGAGAAAUUGACAAGAUUAUUGAGAAACUAAGUCAAGAUGACCUGCAGAUUCUUCAAGAAGAAGAAAUAAAAGAGGAAGCUAAUACUGGUCUUCUGGAAAAUUUAAAAGAAGAUGACUUGCCAAAUAUGCAGCUUGAAGAUAUUGUUAGUCAUGUAGUCAAGCUUUUAGCACACAAAGCAAGAUCAGAAAUUUCAAAAAAAGCUUUUAAAAGAGUGACACCUAUAAUUAAUGUGCAGAAGUUUAUUUACCACAUUAAGAAAUUUAUAGAUGAUAUAAUACGUUACAAUCUGAUGAAGAAAUCAAGGUUGGGUGUACCUGAAGGAUUGUUAAAACAGCUUUUUGGUAAAUUUGCAGAACUAUGUUGCUUAGAGGUAGAAUUUUGUAAUCAAGCUAAUCAAUCUGUUUGGGAAAAUUUAGAUGGAAUAGAAAAGGUUACUUCUGAACCAGAUCUGAGACUUUAUAAGUGUGGAUUUAAAAAUGAGUACAAAGGAGAAAUGAUAUCAGUUAUUGAGGUAAAGCCUAGUGAUGAAGAUUUUGACAGUAAUGAACCACCAAAAAAGAAAUAUAAAGGCAGCCCUAGAGGAUCAGCAACAGAUAUAUAUAGUUCAGCAGAAAAUAGUGAUGCAAUAGAGUUGGAUUUACAUGACUCUGUGCUUGGACAGCAUGCUGGGGAACUAUUGUUAGAUCUCCACAGAGAAUUUAUCAAUAAGGAGGCAAAUUAUUAUGAAGAAGAUAAAAAAAUAAAUAUGCUAGGCAUGAUUGUUAAUGGUACAUACGUUUACUUGACUGUGUUAGAUAUGACAUGGAAACACUAUCAGAAGUUAAGGAAUAACAAAAUACUGGAUGAUAAUGAUAAAGCUACUAUCUAUUAUACCCAUGCAAGAAAUAUUCUACAGGAAAGGUCUCGAAGAGUUUUAAUAGAAGAGUUUCUGAGACUCAACAACAUGGAGUUGGCUUGAUUUUUAAGAGAUUACCUUAACUUUACUGGUAUUGCAUGGUAAGCAGAACUGAGAACUAACAUGUGAAUGAAAGCCAUUAAAGCUAUAUAUAUAACUCUAAACCUAGAGACCUGCUGAUGAAAAGAUUGAGAUAUUCUGCUAGAAUCUUUUGUAAGGCUGAGUAAUUAAAAAGUGAAUUAUUUGUACACUGCAUAUAAAAGGCUUUUUUUCAAUUUGCUAAAAAUUUUAAGUUUGAAUUAAUUUCUACAAACUGAUUAACUUGGAAAAUAUAAUAGUUCAUUGCUUGUAAACGAUUGUUAGUAUGAAGCAAGUUGAGUGUAGUGAAAAUUAUUCCUUCCAUCAAAAUAAGUGAUGUUUUGUGUCUUUGGAACAAUUUUGAACUCCUUUUCUACACUUUGUUAAAUGUGGAUUCAAUUUUCCUAAAUUUCAAAACCUAAGUGGAUAAGCUUUCAAAUAGAAGUUAUUUCCAACCCUGAUUUAUCUAAUAAGUAGUCCCAUAUGAUUUUAUUCUGAGUUCUAAAAUGUAAACAAAUAAAUGCAAUCAAGAUAUCAAAUAUGGAAUUAUUGGGGUUCUUUGAUAUGCUGAAUCUAAUUAAACAUAUUGAAAUCUUGAAUCAAAAGUUCAAAUUUUAGUGAAAAAAUAACCAAAAGUAGGCUCUUUUCACACCUUGUCCUUCUGGCAAUCAGGUGAUAUCUUUUUGCUCCAAAGAGUAACUCAUUUGCGCCACAACUUAAUUGCAAGAAAACUUCUUUUGCGCCACCUAGUUCUCAAAACUAGGUAUCAUUUGCGCCAAUAAAAUUAUCAUUUAAUUGCACCAAUUUUAUUUAUUUUUGAGGUUGAGUUGGAUGCAGUUUUCUUCUUUCUAUAUAAAUUAACUGACGCACAUAUCUUAAACAGUAAAAUCUUUCUUUUCUAAAUGUUCUUCAAUUUAGAAGAGCUCUGAAUUUAUUAAUUUUGAAGGUCGCUCUGACAACAUAUGGUUGCUUUUCUUUUGCAUUCGUUUCAUGAAUAUGAUCUAAUUCUCAAUUCAAAAUAAUUGUACACGAUUCAUGUGUGAAAAGCCUAGCACAACACGACUUAACUGUACAUCUCCACCUUAUUUCUCCAGUUUUCUUUACAAUUGCCUGAGGAAAUUUGUGUUCUUUAACAUGAUGACUGGUUUUCCUCUAUCAGACUCCAUUUUCUUGAAUGGUAUAGUAGACAUCUUGACUCGUGAAAAAAUAUUCUUUUACUUAAUAAUUUAUUUUUUUUCAUUUCAUUUAUUGGCGCAAUUAAUACCAUCAAAAUAAAAGAGAGUAUUGCGAUUAAUACCUUUUCAAAACUGCAAUUGGCACAAAUGGAUUAUGCCCUGGAAAUCUAUGUAGAAUUGUUUUAUAUUAUAAUCAAUAAUGUUUUAUUUACAAAUGUCCUUAUUUUUCAUAUUACUUUAAAUUACCUCAUGUUUCAUAUCUAUAUUUUGUUUUUAAUUAUACAUAUAGUCAUUGCUUUUUACUUUUUACACCGUCAGCUUUUCAAUUAUUUGCUAAUCAAUUUAUGAUACAUGUAUGUAUUUGGAGUUAUACACAUCAUUUGUAUGUUUAUUUAUAUUCUUUUUG